UGUGCGAAGCUCGGUAACGGGCAAAUUAAGGCAGCGUUAUUCUUUUCAGGGCGCUUACCCCUUCUAUUGUCUUCAUAACUCCCCUCCUGCAAACACCUCUUGUUGCCGUUUUACAAAAAAUGAGAAAAACCGACUGAAAGGUUUGGGCUGUAGGAGGGGACACGUCCGUAGGUAACUAGCCCUGUGACCUUGAGCAAGUCUCUUGCCCAGCGGGAGGUGAUGCUGAGGUUUCUUUCCGUUCGAAUACUCAGCCCAAUUCAAGGUCACGAGUGCUCAGCGGCCGCUAGAACUGGGUCCCGAAACAUCAGCGCGUGAUUCCCUACAGCCCUGGUUCCGAGAGGAGUAAGUGAGAGGUUCGAAGCGCGCGCCCCGCCUACCCGGCAGAGACCGGGACCCGGCCGGCGAGACGUAGGCCCCGAGUUCCCGGCCGAGCUGAAACACGGUGUCCGGGAAGGGCUGCUCCGCCCCUCGCGAACGCUUCCCUCCGCCAAUCAGCACUUGAGGCCAGCCCGGCUCAUCGCCGGAAGGAGCUGUUGCCCCGAGCAACUGCAACUUCCGGCUUUCGGAGUUUUGUGGCGGUAAAGGACAUGAGUAAAGGCCGGGCGGAAGCCGUGGCGGGAGCCUCCGGGAUCCUGCUGAGGUACCUACAGGAGCAGAACCGGCCCUACAGCGCCCAGGACGUGUUCGGGAACCUGCAGCAGGAACACGGACUGGGCAAGGCGGCGGUGGUGAAGGCGCUGGACCAGCUGGCCCAACAAGGCAAGAUCAAAGAGAAGAUGUACGGCAAGCAGAAAAUAUACUUUGCUGACCAGGAACAAUUUGACACGGCCAGUGAUGCUGACCUCCAAGUCCUGGAUGCCAAAAUCGUGGCCCUCACUGCUAAGGUGCAGAGCUUGCAGCAGGGCUGCCGCCACAUGGAGGCUGCGGAGAUGCAGAAAGAGAUCCAGGAGUUAAAGAAGGAAUGUGCCGGCUACACAGAGAGACUGAAGAACCUCAAAGCGGCCACCAACCACGUGACUCCAGAAGAGAAAGAGCAGGUGUACAGAGAGAGGCAGAGGUACUGCAAAGAGUGGAGGAGGCGCAAGAGGAUGGCAACAGAGCUGUCUGAUGCAAUCCUUGAAGGAUACCCCAAGAGCAAGAAGCAGUUUUUUGAGGAAGUUGGGAUAGAGACAGAUGAAGAUUACAACCUCAAGCUCCCAGAUCCCUGAGGCCCUCCGGCAGGCCUGGGAACACAGAUGUCCUGGACUGGCUGCCUUGUUUAGGUCAGCUUUUUUGUUGUUCCUGCUGCUGUCCGCUUUUGGGCACACACCAAAGUACUGGGUGGAGCACUGGUGGCCCAGAGAGGAUGGUUUCACUCAUUUCGUCAUCCACGUUUUGACUGCCUGAACUUAACAGUUAGUUAGAUGGGGAACAAUGCAAAAGGAAAGCAUUUGGCAAUAUUUAUUGUAAUAUAAUUUGAUAUAAAAAUAUUUAAUUUCCUCUGGAUAAUCAAACCUCCCAGAUAUCAAACCUGAGGAAGGCAAAAGAGAGCUUGGGGGACAAGGGAGGGAGAGGCUACUAUGCAUAGCAUUCAAGGAGCCCAGGGCCUCACCCAGGACUCUCCUGGGCUCUACACUCCAGGAGACCUUUAGAAAAUCUUCUCUACCCACCUUCACCCCACCCUAAGUCCUGGGAGAAAUGCAGGCAGCACUGAGAUGGUGGAGACCCAGAUACACUUGACAGAAAGCCUGGGAGUGGUCUUGAGACCAGUUUUCCAAAAUUGUAACUUUAGCAAAAUUGCAUUGUUGGUGUUUAGAAAAAUUAAAAAAUUUAAUAUGUA